UAUUUAGCCCGUUUUCUAAUUCGUGCCAGAGCACUGUGGCGCCUUACAGGGUGCCCAUCUUCCGCGUGCGUUUGAUUAAGAUCUGACGGUUCGCGAGUUGUCAUAGGUGACCACAACCGGAUGUGGCAGUUUGGUGUGCACCCACAGCAUCCAGAUGUAUUUUUUAAUUUUUAAUAUCGCUGGUCAUCGAGUCCAAAUCCCCAUCUCUUCUCAUCUCUUAGUCAAAUAUCUGUCGCUGGUGGAGAUGAGUUCAACGCAGAUCGGGAGCGGCGGCGCCACCACAUGGAGCUGCAAGGGCUGUCUCCAUCGUGCACCGUCGGGAAGGGCCUCGCCGCCGCGAGCCGCUGGGCUUCCCGUCUCCAUAGCGCGCUGCCUGGAGGACGCCCACCUCCACCACGCGCUGCAGGGCUUCCCGUCUCCAUGGCGCGCCGCCGGGAAGGGCCUCGCCGCCGCGCGCCGCUGGGAUCCGUCUCCAUGGCGCGCCGCCUGAAGGACGCCCACCUCCACCACGCGCUGCAGGGCUUCCGUUUCCAUGGCGCGCCACCGGGAAGGGGCUCGCUCUCACCGCGGGUGCUGUUGCCUGUUGGGCCCUCUCUCCCAUGGUCCACCACGCCGCCGGACCUCGCCAAUGGAUCCGCUCCUCUUCCCGUCAACUCCCGCACCUUGGCUCCAAGAAGGAUAAUGAUGGCACCGGCGGAUAUAAUUUUGCCACUUUUUCUACAUCUAAAUCUUGAAAAUAGUAGGUUCCCCAAGAUUUGGAUGUAACAUUGAUAGGUUUCCAUGUAAUUUCUUUGUUUUUUCUACAUCCACGCUGCCUUUGAUUUUGUGUAGUUAAACUCCAAUUUCUUACAUGCCAAUAUUUGUUCUAAAUUGAAGAAAAGAAGGAGAUGGCAGAUGCACUUACGGUGUGUUU